ACUCAACAAAACGCUUGCGCAAAUUUUUUUUCCAAUUUGAUCAUUUUUUUCUUGCCAAGAUAUAAAUGUAACAAUCCUAAAUCAAUUUUCAAUCAUUCGAUCAUUUAGUAUUCAAAUGUGUAAAAUAAUGAAUCAACAUCAAAAAUAUGGCACAUUUACGACGAAUACAUUUUCAAAGUCAAAAAUGUUGUUCAUCAAUAUCGGCUGCUAGUAUGCCCGAUUUUAGUGAUAAUUAUUUUGAAGAACUUAAGAAAAAGAUUCGUUUAAUUCGUGAUGAUGUUAUAAAUAACAAACAAAAUGGCGAUAAACAAUUUGAUAAAAAUCAACAACAACCACAGCAACAACAACAGUCAUUAUCAGUAACAGAUCGACAACAACAACAACAAUCAUCCGAUCAUCAUAAUGCUGUAAUAUUUUCAUUAAAAAAUCAAGUUACCGGUCUUGUUCGUGCAUUACGAAUAUUUCAAGAAUUUAAUAUUAAUGUUCGCCAUAUUGAAUCAAGAAAAUCUAAACGAAAAGAUUCACAAUAUGAAAUCUAUUUGGAUAUUGAUUGUGAUGAUAAGGAAAAAAUGCAACAAUUACUUCAUCAACUUAGACAUGAAGUAGAUUGUUGUACAUAUGAAGAAUUUGAACGUAUUUGUAGUUCACCAAAAUCAAAAGAUUUACCAAAACAAUUACCAUCGAUACUUACAUCACAAUCAUCAUUUGAUAAUGGUGAUCUUAUUGGUGAAGAUGGUAUGCCAUGGUUUCCAAAACGUAUUUCCGAUCUUGAUUAUUCAUCUAAUCGUGUUUUAAUGUAUGGUGCUGAAUUGGAUGCUGAUCAUCCAGGAUUUAAAGAUCCAAUUUAUCGACAACGACGAAAAUAUUUUACUGAUUGUGCAAUGAAUUAUCGUCAUGGACAACCAAUUCCACGCAUAGAAUAUACAGAAGAAGAAACAAAAACCUGGGGUGUUAUCUAUACAGAAUUACGUAAACUUUACAAACGAUAUGCAUGUCAAGAAUUUAAUGAAAAUCUUGAAUUAUUGGAACAAUAUUGUGGUUAUCGUGCAAAUAAUAUUCCACAAUUGGAAGAUAUUUCACAAUUUCUUAAACAGCGAACUGGAUUUCAACUUCGAUGUGUAGCUGGUUAUCUUUCGGCAAGAGAUUUUCUUGCUGGUUUAGCUUUUCGUUUGUUUUAUUGUACACAAUAUAUUCGACAUUCCAGUGAUCCAUUCUAUACUCCUGAACCGGAUUGUUGUCAUGAAUUAUUGGGACAUUGUCCAUUAUUAGCUGAUCCAAGUUUUGCACAAUUUUCACAAGAAAUUGGUCUUGCUUCAUUGGGUGCCAAAGAUGAAGAAGUGGAUAAAUUAGCAACCUGUUAUUUUUUCACUAUUGAAUUUGGUCUUUGUAAACAACAGAAUGAAUUAAAAGUUUUUGGUGCUGGUCUAUUAUCAUCGGUUGCUGAAUUAAAACAUGCUGUAUCUGGUUCAGCACAUAUUAUUCCAUUCGAUCCGAUUAUUACCUGUCAACAAGAACCAAUGAUAACAACAUUUCAAAAAAUGUAUUUCUAUACAGAUUCAUUUACAGAUGCAAAAGAAUUGAUGAGAGAAUUUGCUAAAACAAUAAAACGUCCAUUUGGUGUACGUUAUAAUCCAUAUACACAAUCGGUUGAAAUAUUAAGUAAUACGAAAAAAAUAUUGAAUUUAGUUAGUGAAUUAAAAGGUGAUCUUUGUAUUGUUACCAAUGCAUUGGCUAAAAUUCGUGAAGAUAAUGAAAAUGGUAAUAAUCAAGAUCCGAUUGAUUUAAUGAAUAAUGAAAAUCAUCUUGGAACAAUAACGACAAUGACAACAAGUGAAGCUGAUGAACGUCGUAAUAGUCAGGCUAAUUUAGAUCAAAUGAUUAAUGAUAUGAAUAAUAUACAGGUAUCAUGUCAAAAUCAUGAACAACAACAGGAUCGAAAAAAUUAAUUUUUUUUUUAAUUCAUCAAAUGUUACGUUAUAAAUGAAAUCAAAAA